UUUAGUGUUCCUGGUGAACGAAAGAGUGCGUGCGUGCGUACGUCAUUCACACCACACCAUACUCAACGUAGGCAGGUGCACGUGAGGUGACCGUCUGCUAGACGAGUCAGCGGUCAGCGGUUAGAUCGACCACGGUCGUAGGAAGACACUAUGUUUACGGUAUAUCGCACGUUACUGAUACUCAUGCAUUUUUUCUGCGAUAUAUUUACCGCGGUUUAUAACUGCUGUAUGUUCCUGCAUCGCAAGUGCACCGAUAUUUGGUACGGUGACAAUCUGAGGACAGAAGUCGAACGGCUGGUGCGUGUUACGAGCAAAACGAAAAAGCUGCCGAGACAUAUAAUGAUUAUUUUCGGCGCGAAGGAGGACACUAUACUAGACUGCGUGCAAAUAAUCGGCUGGUGUAUCACGUUGGGUAUACCGUACAUCACUUUCUGUGACAUCAGUGGUUUCUUAGUAAGAAACGAAAGUUUUCUAAAAUAUGAAAUUUCGAAAAGAAGGCCCGAUGUUUUGGAGUAUAUCAGUUGGAGCAAACCGAACAGUGCGGUUAUACAAAAUGGAGUAAACGGAUCCAAGCCGAAAACGCGGAUCUCGUUGUUAUCCACUUCGAACGGGAAAGAAGAAAUUGUAUCGUUAACGAAGAAGUUAGCUGAAGCUGUCGUUACAGGGACGAUUAAGUCAGAAGAGAUAGAUACUGAGUUACUGAAUGAAAAAUUAAAUUCAUUGGGGGUUCCUGACCCUGAUAUGGGGUUAAUAUACGGCCACGUUUUUUCUACGUACGGUGUUAUGCCGUGGCAAACUCGAGUAACGGAAUUUUUCACAUUGCCUCUCUAUGUCACUCUGUCGGCGAAGGAUUUCACGCACCUGCUGGAACAGUAUUCUAAAUACGAACAACGACAUGGAAAAUAACUGUUGUUUUUAUUUGUGUAAAGUUCUUAUAUUUCAAACGAAACAAAAAGAAAGCAAACAAAACAAGAGAUUGUAAGAAGACUUACAAAGACUGAAUUUAAAACAAUUUACAGAUACUAUUUUAUAAGUGGUUAUCGUGUUAGUGAAAUAAUAAAGGAGAAAAUCGCAGCAUGCGCGACACAAGUGACGUUUACGAUCCGAUUUUAAAUGGAUGUCUGUAAGAAGAGUUAGCUUACGUUAAAAACAUUCUUGUCGUCAUUGAAAGAAGAGGAUUCUACAGAACUUCGCGAACGUCAUUUAAUUGUGUAAAAUAGGAGGAGAGGAAAUACAUACAGGAGCGUGGGACAUUUUUGUUUUCUUCUUAACGAGGCUCUUUUUUUUUAAAUUUAUUUUUAAUCUACUAUAGUAAUAGUACUUAAACACUAUUUGGACGGUACUCUCGACAAAUGCGAACAGAAAAAUUUCAUAAACAAAUUACGAGAGUUUAAAGGAAUAAAGUGUUAUUUUCGACGCGAUAAGUACAAAUCUACGAAUCCCACACGCGUAAAUUAUUAGAUUAAACGUUGGUAGGUCGUACGUGUAGAUUUUCCGUAUCUAGCUUGUAUCGUUAUUCUCGUACACUUUCUUUGUAUCGCCUAAAGAAGAAUGGUCAGAAGUAUCUAUGCUCCUGUGAACGAACUCGCAUAUUUCGUUCGUAUUAUGGAAUUAAAACGAAAGAGGACCCGAACUAAUACCAAGAAAAUUCCUGCAUUUCUCUCUUACCACAGUCAGUAAAAUAGCGACAUUCCAUGUACAUAGAUAGUUUACUCGUGAAAUCUUAACGCACCUGAAUAUUUUGAUAUUAAAAGUGAGAUUUACUUUGAUCUGUAUCAUAUGUUUUGUUACUUGGGAGAGGAGCGCCUAUUGUGGACAUUACAAUUCCUAAAAAAAACCUAAAUACAGUUCUCUUUUGCAUA